AAAGGCCCAAAUUACCAGAUAAUUAUACUCAGGACACAUGGCAGAAACUUCAUGAAGCCGUGGGAGCGAUACAGAGUAGCAUUUCUAUUAAAUACAACCUUGAAGAGCUCUACCAGGCUGUUGAAAAUCUCUGUUCUUACAAAGUCUCUGCUACACUGUACAAACAGCUGCGACAAGUCUGUGAAGACCAUGUGAAAGCACAGAUCCUUCAAUUUAGGGAAGAUUCUCUGGAUAGUCUUCUAUUUUUAAAGAAGAUAAAUAAAUGCUGGCAAGAUCAUUGCAGACAAAUGAUCAUGAUCAGAAGCAUUUUCUUAUUUUUGGAUCGUACGUAUGUACUUCAGAAUUCAAUGCUUCCUUCUAUAUGGGAUAUGGGGCUAGAGUUAUUUAGAAAUCACAUUAUUAGUGACAAGCAAGUUCAAAACAAGACAAUUGAUGGGAUCCUCCUGCUGAUCGAACGAGAACGAAAUGGUGAAGCUGUGGACAGAAGUUUGCUGCGGAGUUUGUUGAGCAUGCUGUCUGAUCUGCAGGUUUACAAGGAAUCAUUUGAACAGAGGUUUCUGGAAGAGACAAAUUGCUUAUAUGCUGCAGAAGGCCAAAGAUUAAUGCAAGAAAGAGAGGUCCCAGAAUAUCUUCACCAUGUUAGUAAACGUUUGGAAGAAGAAGGAGACAGAGUAAUAACAUAUUUAGACCACAGCACACAGAAACCACUGAUUGCUUGUGUGGAGAAACAGCUACUAGGAGAACACUUAUCAGCUAUUUUGCAAAAAGGACUUGAUAACCUGCUCGAUGAAAACAGAAUAUCAGAUUUGACCCAGACUUACCAGCUGUUCAGCCGGGUAAAAGGUGGUCAGCAGAUCCUCUUGCAACAUUGGAGUGAAUACAUCAAGAACUUUGGGACAACAAUAGUGGUUAAUCCUGAAAAAGACAAGGAUAUGGUGCAAGAGCUACUAGAUUUUAAGGAUAAAGUGGACCAUAUCAUAGAAGUGUGCUUUCAGAAAAAUGAAAAAUUUAUAAACUUGAUGAAGGAGUCCUUUGAAACAUUUAUCAACAAGAGACCAAAUAAGCCUGCAGAAUUGAUAGCAAAAUAUGUGGAUUCCAAGUUAAGAGCUGGUAAUAAAGAAGCAACAGAUGAAGAGCUGGAAAGAAUCCUUGACAAAAUCAUGAUCAUAUUUAGAUUCAUUCAUGGUAAAGAUGUGUUUGAGGCAUUUUACAAGAAAGACUUAGCCAAAAGGCUUCUGGUUGGAAAAAGUGCAUCAGUAGAUGCUGAGAAGUCCAUGUUGUCAAAGCUUAAACAUGAAUGUGGUGCUGCUUUUACCAGCAAACUGGAGGGCAUGUUCAAGGACAUGGAACUGUCAAAAGAUGUCAUGGUUCAGUUUAAGCAGUAUAUGCAGAACCAAAGUGACCCAGGAAAUAUAGAUCUGACAGUAAAUAUAUUAACUAUGGGAUAUUGGCCAACUUAUACACCUAUGGAAGUCCACUUAAAUUCGGAGAUGAUAAAGCUUCAAGAGGUAUUUAAAACCUUUUACCUGGGAAAACACAGUGGUCGAAAGCUUCAGUGGCAGACCACUUUGGGGCAUGCUGUCCUGAAGGCAGAAUUUAAGGAAGUAAAGAAAGAAUUUCAAGUAUCGCUCUUUCAGACAUUAGUGCUGCUUAUGUUUAAUGAAGGAGAUGAAUUCAGUUUUGAAGAAAUUAAAAUGGCCACUGGUGUAGAGGACAGUGAAUUAAGAAGAACCUUGCAGUCUUUAGCUUGUGGAAAAGCACGAGUAUUGAUUAAAAAUCCAAAGGGCAAGGAUGUGGAAGAUGGAGAUAAAUUCAUCUUUAAUGGUGAUUUCAAGCAUAAAUUGUUUAGAAUAAAGAUCAACCAAAUCCAAAUGAAAGAAACAGUCGAGGAACAGGUCAGCACAACUGAAAGAGUAUUUCAAGACAGGCAAUAUCAGAUUGAUGCUGCUAUUGUACGAAUAAUGAAGAUGAGAAAGACUCUUGGUCAUAAUCUCCUUGUUUCUGAAUUGUAUAAUCAACUGAAAUUUCCUGUUAAGCCUGGAGACUUGAAAAAGAGGAUUGAAUCCCUCAUUGACAGAGACUAUAUGGAGAGAGACAAAGACAACCCCAAUCAGUACCACUAUGUUGCAUAA